AUGAAGCAGAGCGGCAGGGAUGAAGGUUGGCUUCGUGCCUGGUGCACGAAGCUCGACGUUCCCGUAGACGACUUUAAGCCUCUAUUACCGAUAAUAUCCACCUACAUGGUGUCAACCCAAAAGGAAGACGAAGCCCAGGCGGACCUACUUCUCGCACAAGCCUCCGAAGUACGAAGAAACGGCGAGUUCAAGACGACCACGACUGUUUCAAAAAUAAAGAAAGACAAAUGGACGUACGAGGACUACUGCUGCGUUUUAUCUGAUCUCGUGAAUAGCCGGGGCUCGGUUGGAGUCGCGGAAAGCGUCUGGGAGAGCUUUCGGCUGCAGAAACCGAAAAAGGCACGGACCGGGCGAUUUGCACGGAGACAGCAGGCCGGGAAUGAAGAAACUGAUGACCUGCUUUUCCUCCUUCUUUGCAGCACGAUGCGAUAUAAGCAGACCGACAUGUUCCAUUUCCUCGCCCAUUCAGCGAGCCAGGAUGUUGUGAAUCGAAUGCUUCCGACCGCCAUUCAGAUGCGCAGCCAGCGAUAUACUCAGAUCCUCCUCGAAGAAAACGCAGAUCCGAAUACAUGCGCGGAGGAGUUCAUAACUUUAGUUAGGGCUGGAGAUGAAGAGUUCGUCCGUAUUUUGCUCCAGGCACAAACCCCAAUCGAUCACGACACACUCACCUCCGCCCUCCCAGACGCUGUUCAGCGAGGCAACUCUUCGAUCGUCCACCUCCUCCUUGCCCACGGGGCCGAUGCGAACGCCCAUAAUGCCAGUGCAGUGGAAAAAGCGAUCCGUGCGAAGCGUACCGACCUAGCGUUAUUGAUGUUCAUGUGUCCAAACCAUCCGUUGCCAGAGACGCUCGCCCCUAUUGUCGCGUACGUCUUCUUCAAGAUGGAGAUACUGGAGGAUAAGAAAUACGGGCUUAUAGAACUACUUCUAAAUGGUGGUGCUGCUGGUGAAUGUGUCUCACUUGCGUUAGGGGGCGCUGUCCGCCAGCGGUGGAUGGAGAUGGUCGAAUUGUUUGUCGACAAAGGCGUUUCCAUCAAUGAUUACAACGCGGGGAGCUAUCGCCAUGCCGUCCAUGAGGUGGAUCUAGAGGUGGUUAGGAUCCUAAACAGUGGAAAACUGAGUGAUGAUUUAGCGACGGACCUUUUCGGCGAGAUCUACAAAACAAAGUACGGUAGUUCAAUCCCGAACGAAAAGUGGCGAGCGCUUGCCGAGCUCUUACUUAAUCAGGGUGCCACGGGGCAGGUCGUCGACGAAGCGCUGAUAGAACGGGUCAGGGCUAGAGACCUCGCAAGUGUGAAGCUAUUGCUACGAGAAGGCGCCUCUGUAGAUUAUGACAACGCCGCUGCUCUUGAUGAUGCCGUUGCCUCGCACAAUGAAGAGUUCAUUGACGCUCUACUGCAAUAUCAGCCGGCAGCCGAGUCCGUUAACUCUGUCUUCUGGCGCGUAGAAGAUCUUCCUCAUAGUGUCCAAGUGCGCAUCGCGCGCAAGUUGCUCGACGCUGGUGCGAAUGGGGAGCAAGUGGAUAGAGUACUGAAGGUGGCCAUAGCCCCCUUGGCUGGUGAACGGAACCGUGAACUUAUCAAGGUGCUUGUGGAUGGUGGUGCAGACGUCAACCAGCGAAAUGGCGAGCUACUUCACCUAGCUGCUCAAUCUGCCGACAUCGAGACACUACAGAUCUUGCUGCUCGGGUUUCCUUCGCCCACAAUUCUUUCAACAUGCGUACCGCUUGCCAUGAAACAUUGCGAAGCCCAGAGAUACAAAAUAAUCCACAUGCUUCUUCACGCAGGUGCUCGUGGCGAUGAGAUCUCGCAAGCAUUGGUAGAUAGUAUCGACGGGACCACAUCCGGGCUUGAUCUAGCCCUACUGCUGCUCACUACCGGGGAAGCAAACACUGGCUUCGAGAACGGGAGAUCUUUCAAGAAAGCAAUAGAGUCGAGCAAUAUCGGAUUCCUAGAACUCGUUGCCCAAUAUAACCAUCUCCGGGAUUCCGAUUUCUGCUCUUGUCUCCUUGCUGCGAUAGACCUCCACCAGCGGGAUAGAACUCGUCUGGAGAAAAUUCGCAUUCUUCUCUUGAGCGGUCCAGAUCUCUCAGGGAAUACCGGGACCGCCGCACUUCGCCAUGAAAUGGAAGGUUUAAAGCGACGAUCCGAAUCGACGCUAGGAGUUUUGCACAUGAUACUUGAGGCAGGAGCGGAUGUCAACUACCAACAGGGACGCAUCUUCGUUGACGCCAUUGCAUUGGACAUGUUUGACUGCUUCAAGUUGUUCCUAGGCGUCCAUCCCUCAUUUCAAUCGCUGGAGCUGGCUUUCGACAAAGCUCUGUUAUACGCCACUCCUACCAACGACCGCGCGGCCGACUUACGAUACCUCCAAGAAUUGCUCGCUACGGGUGUGCCCCAGGCAACUCUGGACAAGGCGUUAUUGCACAGUACCGAUAAGCAAAGCGAACAACUGGUUCUUCUCCUCCUGCGAUACGGUGCAUCUGUCAAUUAUCAAGAUGGAGCCGCAGUGCGCAAAGCUAUCCAGAAACUGGACGUUGAGCUGCUUGCGCAUCUGCUGCGCCACGAGCCGACCGUGGAAACGUUGAAUAGCGGAUUCGGAUUGUGCAUGGCCGUUCACGACAUAGAAACCAAAUACCAAUCGUAUGAACUUCUUCUCAAGGCUGGACCAAUCUCACAGCGGCUCCGUGACGAAGCCCUUGUCUUGACUGCGGACGCGGGGUGGAUGCAGGCUUCUAUUUGCGAACUUUUGCUGAAGUACAAGGCGUCUCCGGAUUAUGCCACCGGCACACCCAUAUGCCGAGCUAUUAAAUCAUCUAAUUAUAAGGUCGAUCUGACGAGAAUCAUUCUGCUGUACAACGUUAGUGAAGAUACUGUCGCGGCAGCAUUAACGUGCGCUUUCGACGCAUUGCAUGCUGAAGCACGCAUUACUACCAUGGAGCUUCUGCUUACAGCCCACAAGCCGCAACAAACUCUUGACCAACUUCUUCUCAGGGCCGUCCGUGCCCCAUAUUGCGACGGUAAACUGGUCCAGUCUUUGCUCAAAGCCGGUGCUUCGGUCUUCUACCAAGGCGGCGAAUGCAUUCUCCACUCGGUCAUGAACAAUGAUGUAGACACCCUGCGCAUCCUCGAACCCUACUUACACGGACACUCAGGCAUGACAGAGAUAUUCAUGACGGUAUGGGGUAACGGGAAGCGAGCAAACUCCCAGCAGGAGAAAGAUGUUCUUUCAAUAUUGCUUGCUGCAGGUGCUUCAGGAGAACCCGUCAGCAUGGCGCUCCUGGAGAGCGUCAGAACCGUUUCAUCCACAGAGGUCGGAUUUUCGUUCAUCGUCAAUCUCCUCAGAGCUGGCGCGGAUGUGAAUUACGACGAGGGGGCAAGUCUCGUGGAGGCAUCGAUGCAAGGCAACACUCGUCUGCUUAAGGAGGUCUUAGCCUACGGACCACAACGCGUAUAUAUGACACGGGCAUUUCCCCUUGUUUUCCAAUCUGGCGUUGAUGGUCAAGGUCUUCGUGAGAUUGCUGUUGCUUUCUGCUCUCACAAGUCUGCGCCCGAUUUGACGUACGAGCAUCCUACUUAUGGGCCAAUUCUCUGGCAAAUGUUUAAAAAAUAUCCAAACGAGGACGAACUACUUCAGUAUUUAAUAGAUGAGGGCUGCACAGUUGAUCCAAUUGUCAAAGCGACACUUCCUUUGUCACCUGCUGAAGAGGAUGUCACUUUGCUCUGCUGGGCCCUGUCCAAGCAGACAAGCUCCCUUAAAGAAGAAGUGAUUGAAGUCCUUGUCGCUGGCGGAGCGAAUGUCAACUAUCAAUCGCUCAUAUCUCAAAGCACGCCCCUCCAGCUAGCCAUCUUGAGCGCUCGUAAAAAUACUAUUACGGCCCUCCUGCGAUUCGGUGCAGACCCCUCUCUUGAGUCGAACGGAAUUUCCCCGCUUUCCCUCGCCGCGUCCAUUGGAGAUGCUAAGAUUGUCCGUCAGUUAGUUAAAGCGGGCGCCGCUCCCGGCGAUGGGGCCCUCCACGAAGCAGCCAGGAUGGUCAAUGUUAGCGUCUUGCAGGUCUUGUUAAUUGAAGGGAAACAGCGAGACUAUCCAUGUUCCCGGUUCCAAGGGCGUACGGCGCUGGCAGAACUGUGUCUUAGAGCCGCAAAUAAACCUGUUAGUCAGAUCAAAGCUGCUGUUGCCCUUUUGAAGAACAACGGGGAUGUCAAACGGAAAUCGAGAGGAAAAUCAGUGCUACACUUCGCGCUCGAUAACCCCAAUGCUAUACUCGUCACUCAAGCUGUCCUAGACGUGUUCAUGAGCGAUUACAUCAACGACGAUUUCAACCUCUUCGAGGACGGCCGAUACCGAUACUCUCCGCUCGUCUACGUCUCUCGUGGCCUCAACAAAGCACCUGCAGAACAACGAGCCGGCCUCGUCGAUCUCCUCCUUGAGUUCUCAUGCCUCGAACGCUUCUGGGCUGUAGAAGGCGACCAGCCCGCAGAUAUGGUUGGCGCGCCCGAGGAGAUCAUGCGUGCCAUUCGCUCCCAACGCCAGCGCCAGUUGACCAUUCAAGAAGAACAGGAAGACCACCAACGUCGCCUUUUGCAACGCCGUGCCGAACAAGACCAGGAACUGGCCGCUCUCAGAGCCAGGCAUAACCUAACCCUUGAGAACAAUCGAGAACUAGCCACCGACACAGCCCGAAUUGAGCACGAAACCGCAUCCCGUCAGGCAACUAUUGCGUCGCAGCGCUAUGACGCAGAACUUGCAUACAUGCGCCAGGUCACUGAACUUACGAAUAAACGAAAGGAUGACGCGAACUCCAGGGAGAUUGAGUACCGACGGAACUUGGCGAUUAUGGAGAAGGCGCAGCGGGAGGAGGCGUAUAAUUAUGAGAAAGUGAGGAGGGAGGAAGAGGCCAGUUUCAUCCAGCGGCGGGAGAAACUCCUGACGUCGGGGUAUGAGGAUCGGGCGAAGAUUGAUCGGGAGAGACACGCCGCGCAGAUGGGGCUGUUUGAGCAGCAGAAGAAUAUAUUGGAGAUGAACUCGCGUCACCAGGGGGUGGUGCAGCAGCAGCGGCAGAUUGGGCCGCAGCAAAUAUACACCAACAAUCAACCAGCAUCCAAAUUACAUGUCUCCCCGUCUACGUUGACUUCCCUGCGUACGAACUAUUUCUGCCCAGCACACUCUUUUCUCCAACAGAAAAUGUCCUCUCUUCGAGCCCACCAGAAGAAAAACCCAACCCCAACCCAGUGCCAGAACCAGACCACCCUCGACUCCAUCUGCAAAGAUAUCCAAACUGGCAAAAUCACUCGCAUCGUUGCAUUAGUAGGCGCCGGUCUCUCGACCUCCUCUGGACUCGCCGACUUUCGCACACCAGAUACGGGUCUCUACGCAAAACUCGAACCCCUCCAACUGCCCUACCCGGAGGCCCUCUUCCACAUCUCUUAUUUCAAGCACACGCCUGAACCUUUCUAUGCAAUCGCAAGGGGGCGCCAUCCAUGGAAUACGAAGCCGGGUGUUGGACAUGCAUUUCUAGCACUUUUAGAGAAAAAGGGCGUGCUCGGGUUCGUGUUUACCCAGAAUAUCGACGGUCUCGAGCUCGAUGCGGGCGUUAGUAGGGAAAGAGUCAUGAAUCUCCAUGGUGAUUGGAGUGAUCAGCACUGCAUCAAAUGUCGAUCUUCCUAUCCCGCGGAUCGAAUGAGGAAGGCAAUCCUAACGGGCGAAGUGCCUUUCUGUGUUCAGGCAAAUUGUGAAGGAAUCGUCAAACCUGCUAUAGUUAUGUUCGGCGAGAGUCUUCCUGAGGGUUUUGACAGCAGGGAGGAGGAGAUGCUCUCCACUGCCGAUCUGUUGCUGGUUAUCGGGACGAGCCUGAAGGUUGCGCCAUGCUCGGAGAUCCCGCGACGACUUCCGAGCCAUGUACCAAGGGUGCUGGUAAAUCGAGAGCUCGUGGGCAAUAUUGGGACUAGGGAAAGCGAUGUCUGUCUCCUGGGGGACUGUGAUGCGUGGUUGAGGGAGGUCGCCAGACAUCUGGGUUGGGACGAGGAACUUGAGAGCGUUUGGAAGGAUACUCUGGUACGCAAGGAGAAGAGUUCGAGGGACAAGGGGUGGGAUGAUAAGGCUGAGCAGAGCCCAACGUUGGAGGAAUGUAUAGUCAGAGCGGCAGAGCAGAUGAAAGUGCGAAUGGGGGUGUCGGAGGGGCAUCGACGCAUGUUGGAGGGCCAUCUGGGAGAGAAGAUGGCGGAAAUUAUGGCAAAGAGGGGGCAAUGA